ACGCAGGAGAAACUGAGGGGGAAAGAGAGGACUUAAGUCGGACAACUUGACACUUGGGGAUCAAGUGAUUGGGCCAGCCUCCGCAGCAGGGCUGUGAUUGGCCGACUGUAAUACGAACGACGCCACGAGGGGCGGGUCGAAGAGCGGCGCAGGCGCAGUGCGUUGCGAGUCUCGGGACCCUUUUCCAGAGACUAUGGCGCUCAACAAGAACCACUCGGAGGGCGGCGGGGUGAUCAUCAACAACACGGAGAGCAUCCUGAUGUCCUAUGACCAUGUGGAACUUACAUUCAAUGACAUGAAGAAUGUGCCAGAGGCUUUCAAAGGGACCAAGAAAGGCACUGUCUACCUUACUCCUUACCGGGUCAUCUUUCUGUCCAAGGGGAGGGAUGCCAUGCAGUCCUUCAUGAUGCCCUUUUACCUGAUGAAGGACUGUGAGAUCAAGCAGCCAGUGUUUGGCGCAAACUACAUCAAGGGGAUGGUGAAGGCUGAAGCAGGAGGUGGCUGGGAAGGCUCUGCCUCUUACAAGUUGACCUUCGCAGCGGGGGGCGCCAUUGAGUUUGGACAGCGGAUGUUACAGGUGGCAUCUCAAGCCUCCCGAGGUGAAGUCCCCAAUGGAGCCUAUGGGUACUCUUACAUGCCCAGCGGGGCCUAUGUCUUUCCCCCGCCAGUCGCCAAUGGAAUGUACCCCUGCCCUCCUGGCUACCCCUAUCCACCGCCCCCACCUGAGUUCUACCCAGGACCUCCCAUGAUGGAUGGGGCCAUGGGCUAUGUGCAGCCUCCACCACCACCCUAUCCUGGGCCCAUGGAGCCCCCAGUCAGUGGUCCUGAUGUCCCUUCCACUCCUGCAGCUGAAGCCAAGGCCGCAGAAGCAGCUGCCAGCGCCUAUUAUAACCCCGGCAACCCGCAUAAUGUGUACAUGCCUAUGAACCAGCCUCCACCGCCUCCCUACUACCCCCCGGAAGACAAGAAGACCCAGUAGACCCCUUGUGCCCCCUGCUUCCCACCUGCCAUGGCUCUUCCUUCCCUUUGGGGCUAAGACUGAGGGUGAGGUGUAGGGAGCGCUUGCUCUUCUGCAAGUUUAAUGAAAAGCAUUUACCAGGAACUAUCAUGGAGGGAAGAGGAGCCCCUGAAUGCAGGGCGGCACCUUCUCACUUCCCAGGCUAGUUCAGAGCCCAGGCUCCCUCACUGUCUGCACUGUCUCUGGAGUGCCCCUGGGGAGCACACGGUAGCACCCUCAUUCUUGUUUUGCUUCGGUGGCUUUUGCUCAUACAGGGACACUGGCCUCCUCCACCUCUGUCACAGUUCAGCUCCUCAGUUCAGUGGCCACUUAACACUCAGCCCCAUGAGGGCCACGCCUGCCCAGUCAACGUGGCUUCCCAAGGAUCCCGCCAGGUCCUGCUCAUAUUCCCCCCCGCUCUUGUCUGCUUCCCGAGGAAGGCCACCUGCCUCUGGACACCCAAGCCCACAUUCCAUGCCCAGCCAGCCUCCAGCUCGUCUCACUUGCCUGCCCUGCCCCUGCCCAUUCUGUUGCUACUGCUCUGUGACUUCACAUGAACUGCCAGGAGUGGCGUGGCAUCAGGGCCACCAUGGCUUGAGCCAGAGCCCUUCUGCCUUCCCUCUAGCAUAUCUGGAAUUUCUUUUCCUUUUCUUUGUUUUAGCUCUUCUCCUUUUGAAGAGCCUUUUUGGACUGGAACUGGGAAAUGCAUGUCUGUUCUAUCAUACCAUUGGGGGACUGUUGGGUUGACGGCCUCAGACGCCCAGCCCUUGAGGUUCAGCCUGAACCUGUGCCCCUCAGCUUGUCUUCCCUCCAAGCUUGGUGUCUCGUUGAUGAGACACCCCCCGCCAAUGCACUAAAAUUUGUUCUCAUUGCUCCUGGACUGGCCCUGAAGCGAGGAGAUGGUUAUUUAAAGAGAAUCCACUAUUUAUUUGACAAAAAAAAAUAAAAUAAAAUAAAAAUCCAGUUAAUAUAUGAAUGUGAAAUAAACUCUGUUUGCACCUUGAUUUGUUUGCUGAAAAUGUGAAAUAGUAAAAAUGAAGUAACUGGA